UUAGGAUUUCCGCUGGCGGGUUUUCAGUCGGGGUGAAAUCGUGGUCCCGUUCGCAUGUUUAUUGAUGUUUGGAAAUGGAUACGAAACUGUUGCUGCUGGUGUUGGUAUCCUCGGUUAGUUGCUUCGACAUGCAGCUGAAUCAUCCCAGCCCAGCGGAGCUUUUGUCGGACAGCAUCGAGCUUGCGUUAGCCAGUUGCCGGCAUCAGUUCCGAUGGGAUCGCUGGAACUGUCCGAUGAUGCACUUUGUUUCGAAACGCAGUCCCGAUGCAAAGCUGGACCGAGAAACGGCAUUCGUUCGAGCGUUGAGUACUGCUUCGUUGAUCUACAGCUACGCGAGGAACUGCUCACGUGGCACCAACGAAACCGAACAGUGCAGUGACGAGCGUCAGUUGGAACUGGAAAAUAGUGCUGUUAGUUUCCGGCUCGAUACUAAAGGAUACGGCAGUGUGCAUAAUCGUCGUGCCGGUUGGAUGGCAGUUCAAAAUGCUGUCAGAAAACAUUGCCGAUGCCAUGGAGUGUCCGGAUCUUGUGCUAUGCGAACCUGCUGGAGUACGAUGAAGAACUUUGCCGAGAUUGCUGCUGGAGUGAAGCGAAUGUAUCGGGAUGCCGUCCGGUUGUUUGUGGACAAUUCCGGAAAAUUAAACAGUCGGAACAUUCGAAUCGACCAGUUGGUUUACAUUCAUCGUGACAUCACCAAACUACUGCCAGCGGAAUGUGACUCAUGGAUGGCCGGGAAUGGUAAACCGCCAGUGUUCGGCAGCUAGGGGAGCGAAUGUUGACAUCGACGAACGCAAGUCCUGUCGGAAUUUAUGCCGUUACUGUGGUUUAAAGGUCCGCAAGCAAAUCAAGAUCGGAGAACAAAAAUGCAAUUGUCGAUUCAAAUGGUGCUGUCACGUAGCGUGCGAUAAAUGCGUGGAAACUCUAGAAGAACUUCGUUGUCAGUAAGAUCGUAUGAAACUGGCACUGUCGCUUGAUGAAAAUGGCCAAUAAAAUUGUUGUGUGAAG